GGUUCAUAACCUAUUCUAAGGGGAAAAGUUCUGUGCGGUAGUAGUAUUAUUACUUAUGUUGAGUUGGACGCCGUGUCGCCGUCUGCGUAUGCCCAAGGCACGGCGCCCACGGGAACGCCCAUGGGAAAUAUUUAAUACCCGUGACUUUGGCUUUCAUGAGGGUUCUCAAAACUUUAACAUGUGGUUAUUGGCUUCCAUCACAGUCACCUCUCUUUUUGCUUAUGAGAUGUAUAUGCAGUUUAGACGAAUCAUAGCCAGGGGUGAUACUUGUCUCGCUUGUGAGGCGGCACGGUCGCAUUAUCGGCAGCGUGUAGAGGAAAAGGAACGAGAAUUGGAGAUGAUUAAUGAGUAUAGUCUCAAGAAGGUGUCUCAAUCCUCUUGA